AUGGUGUCGUUGACGAAAUCGUAUCUCGCCGCGUACAAUCUCGCGCAGGCCGCUGGAUGGGCCGCGGCGCUGGCCGCCAUGAUGUACAGCGCCGUCACCACCGCCUCCAUCGCCGGCGCCUUCCACUCCGCCUGGCCCCUCGUCUACGUCUGUCAGUUUGCGUCCAUUCUCGAGACCGUGCAUGCCGCCACGGGGCUGGUGCGGAGCGGAGUGGUAGCGCCGCUGGUGCAGUGGGUGGGGCGCAGCUUCGUGCUGUUCGCGGUCGUGGGGCGCACGCCCGCCCUCCACACGCACGCCGCGCUCUUCGUGCUGCUCGCCGUCUGGUGCUGCUCUGAGGUCAUUCGUUAUCCGCAGUACGCGCUCUCGCUGCUCGGCACGUGUCCGCGCGCGCUGACGUGGCUGCGCUACUCGGCGUUCAUCCCGCUGUACCCCAUCGGCAUGUUCGGCGGAGAAAUGGUGCUCAUCUAUAGCGCGCUGCCAUUCAUCAAGGCGGAGCAGCCCCUCGCCUCUCUCUUCGCCGCCCUGCCCUUCGACUGCUACCACGUCGUCAUGGUAAUCCUGGCGGCGUAUCCGCUCUUCUGGCUGCACCUCUACACGCACAUGUUCCGCCAGCGCCGCGCCAAGCUGCACCCCAAGAGCCACAAGGGCGGCAAGAAGCCGCACAAGGCCAUGGCCAUCGUCCCCAUGUCGCCGGAAAUGUUCGCCCAAACCACCCUUGACCGCCCUGCUGCUGCCGCUGCUUCCGUGGCCAAGGGCACAGCGCCUAUAGGGGUUGUGGGCGCUGCAACAGCUAUAGGAGGCUCGCAGCAGCAGCAGCAGCAGCAGCAGCAGCAGCAGCAGCAGCAGCAGCAGCAGCAGCAGCAGCAGCAGCAGCAGCAGCAGCAGCAGCAGCAGCAGUGCACUUGGUUAGGAGCUGGCUGGGUGCAGGUCAGGGUGAGCCAGCUGGCAGUGUUGAGUCCAAGAGAGCCAGCUGGCAUGAUCCAAUCCAAAUGGGCCAGCUGGCAGCGUUGGGUCUGCGGGCAGGCAGCAUGGGAAAGCGUGUGCCUGCAGCUAGCAGGCAGUGAGCAGGUGACCAGAUGGAGCAUGCCCUGUCUCCAGGUGCUCCCUACAUGA